CAAGAGAAUGAUCGAAAACUCUGAAAAAGAUCGGAUCUCUGUCUUUACAUUCUUUAUUAGUUUGCCCUUAUUGAAUGUCAGUAGGGCUCAUGGGUCGGAGUGGCUAGCGAGAAUGCCUCCUAAGCUGGAGGUAAGGAGCGCGUCACAUAGGAGGUCCCAUAGAACAGCUAUGCACGUCUCAAAAAGCUGUUACGUGGCCGAGUCGAAAGAAGGACAUAAAUACGACCCAGCAACAAAAACGACACAAACACGAAACAGGCGCAAAUCAUUAAAAGAGGACUGAAGCGCAAUAAGCGAGAAAGGGGGAGUAGCCCAAUGGUUGCGGUCGGAGUGACACGUCCACCAAACAGAGUUCGAAUCCUGAUGGGAGUCGAAUAUCUUGCAUUUCUCGCUAAGGAGGCCUUAUAAAUAAAUUGCCAUUCCAAUUUUUUUUUAUCCGUCCGCAAUUACCUCAUCCUCCUCUGCCCCCGAUUCCUUCUCUCCUCGCAGCAGCCCCCGCCCCCUUCUCAAAGCUCCGCCAUCCCCGUCCUGUACUCCCUUGGAAAAGAUCGAUUUUUUUCGACGGGAGGAGUCAUUCCGGCUUGAUCCGUCCUGUACUCCCUUGGAAAAGAUCGAUUUUUUUCGACGGGAGGAGUCAUUCCGGCUUGAUCCGGUGGUGGCGAUGCCGGCCAGAUCCUGCGACGGCGCCGACGCGAGCCACCAAGGGCCGUGGACUCCCUCUCUGGCUGCGCUUCCGCCAAACCCUAGCGGCUUGGCGUCCCGGCGACCAUCUCCGAGGUGGUUUCUUUCUGCAGCAGCCAGCCCAUGGAGAAGGCCCGGACAAAUUCUCGGAGCAGUACGCCCGCCGCUCCAGCACCUUUCCUCACCGCCGUCGUCAUUCAAGGUUCUCUCUGUGGUUGAAAUUUGGCAAGAUGAAGUUGUUCCUAUGGUUUCUGUCAUGAAAAUUAAAAUGACACCUUUGGAGUCUUGUGCUGACAUGGGUGGUUUAGAUGCUCAAAUUCAAGAGAUCAAAGAAGCAGCUGAACUUCCUGAGCUAUAUGAGGACAUUGGAUUCAGGCCUCCGAAGGGAGUCAUACUGUAUGGGGAACAGGGAAAGCUUUACUUGCAAAGGUUUCAGGUGCACUGUCAUUGUAUAUAUUCUCUCAGCCUCUUUAUUCUUGAAAUCAGUAUAUUCAGCUCUGCAGGAAGGUCCGUCUUCACAUCAGUGUUGUGUUCCUUCCUGAAGGCGCCAACCGAGGACCCUCAGGAUGGUGGAGUUGCUGGUAGUUCGGAGUCGAUGCGAGAUGACAUGUAGGUGGAGCGGUGUGGCAUCAACAGUAUCAUCGACGGUGGGUCUCGGCGGCAAUGGCGCAGUGGAGGCUCGACAUCUGAUGUGAGGAGAUGGACUCACACAGGAGGAGGAAGUUGCCUGGCGUCAUGAUGGUGUUGAUGGUAGAGAGGCCUGGCAUGGUCGGUGCAUCAGUUCUGCUCUGAGGAUGGACUGAUGGAAGAUGGAGAUGACGGCCCUUGCAACGUGCAGUGCUCACUGGGAGUGUGCCGGACUGGUGUAUGCCCCAAUCCAGGUAGUGGCUUGGAUGGUACACCUGGCUUUAGAUGUUAGAUUUGGGUGCGAUAUCUAUUUGGUAUGAGGUCUGGACAUUCGACACACCUUCAUCAAACGGGAUAAGAGUAGCAACAGCGUUGCCAAGUUGGUGGCUUCAGGCUUAUUGAUAUAUCACCUUGUAUGGUCUUUGUAAAUAAUUAAUAAUAUGACUGCAUGCAUCGUUCAGAU